UGUUCACGUGACCUCCGGCGGGCCAAUCAGCGCGCAGUGACGCGCAGCACAGCUGAUCUCAGGAGGAGAGUUGGCGCUAGUUUGAGCUCAUUGAGCGGACGGAUAGAGACGCAGAAAGGCCUGCAGGACGGGAGAAAACACCGCAGUCAGCCGAGAACACUCCUCAGCACGCUUCACAGAAGACUGACCACAAGAUGCCCAGCACGCGCUCUAACGGCCGGGCUCAGCCCACGCUGGCCUUCCCUCGCCGCAAAUCCUGCAGAGUUUCCUCGCGCUCCAAGACGCCACAGCUGGAAAGAUCUCCGACCCCGUCGCCGACCAAGCCCAGACUCCAGGACCUCGACCCGAUCCGGAUCGCCCCGAUGUCCCCUAAACUACCAGUCGCCCACCCGUCUCCUCUCUCACCCAGACGCCCUGCGGUCCAGCCUUCACCCUCCUCCCUCCAGACAAGACUUCCCCUCAGCCCACGGAAACGCACAGGUGACGACAACGGCUGUAACUUCGGCGCCGCGCCGCUCGGUUCUCCUCCGAAGCAGAGCAAGCUGACUCUGGCUUCGCCCAGAAAGCUCGGUUUCGACGAGAACUCGCCGGUCUCGGUUCGCCGAAAGCUGGUCCCAUCCUCGUCACCACGGCAACCGCUGUCCCCCAGCGCCGGAUCGUCCCCGAGGCGACAGGAAACGCCUGCUAGAAGCCCGGCACGCCAAAACUCAGAGAGGAAGUCACCGGUCGUUCGGCUCUUUGGAGAAAAGUCGAGGUUUCUGAGCGUGAAGCAGGCUCUCCACACCGCUGUGCCCGACCGGCUCCUGUCCCGGGAGGCCGAGCGGGCAUCCAUUCGGUCUUUCCUGGAGGAGAAGGCCCUGCAGCGCGUCCCCGGCAGCCUCUACAUCUCCGGAGCUCCGGGCACCGGCAAGACUGCCUGCCUCAACUGUGUACUGCAGGAGAUGAAGGCCGAGCUGUCCUGCGUACAGACGGUGGUGGUGAACUGUAUGAGUCUGAGGAGCUCCCACGCCAUCUUCAGGCUGCUGGCCGACAAGCUGAGAGCGCCGGGCGGGCAGAACGGACUGCAGAGGUUCCUGACGGCCCCGGGGCCCGCUGUGCUUCUUGUUCUGGACGAGAUGGACCAGCUGGACAGUAAAUCUCAGGACGUCCUCUACACCAUCUUUGAGUGGCCGUACCUGACGGAGUCUCGCCUCUGUCUCGUCGGUAUCGCCAACGCUCUGGAUCUGACCGACCGCAUCCUGCCCCGUCUGCAGGCUCGCCCUCACUGUCGCCCCCUGCUGUUACACUUCCCUCCCUACAGCCGCCAGGAGCUCACCGCCAUCGUCCAGGACCGACUCUCUCAGGCGUCGGCUGAAGGGAUCCUUGACGCCUCCGCGGUUCAGUUUUGUGCCAGAAAAGUGUCUGCGGUGUCGGGAGACGCCAGGAAAGCUCUGGACAUCUGCAGGAGAGCUGUUGAGGUUGUUGAGUCUGAUGAGAGGAAGAAAGCAUCGGAUCCAAAAGCUGAAACAAAAGGUGCAGUGUCGCGGGUCAGCCUUCCUCAGGUUGCGCGGGUGCUGUCGGAGGUUUACGGCGACCGGAUGGCGUCUCAGUGUGGCGGCGGCGACGCUGCCGGAGAGAGUUUCCCUCUGCAGCAGAAACUUCUGGUCUGCUGCCUGCUGCUGCUCACACGCAACGGAAAGAGCAAAGAGAUCGUCCUCGGAAAGCUCCACGAGGUUUACAGCCGUCUGUGCGCCCAGCGGCAGGUCUCUGCGGUCGCUCAGGGAGAGUGUUUGUCUCUCUGCGGUCUGCUGGAGAGUCGAGGAAUCUUCUCUCUGAAGAAAGCCAAAGAGGCUCGUCUCACUAAGGUGUUUCUAAAGAUCGAGGAGAAAGACGUUGAAAACGCUCUGAAGGACCGGACGCUGCUGGGAAGCAUCCUCGCUGCAGGACUCCCCUCCUGAUCACACAUUCCAUUUUUUUUUAUGUACAAAGAUUUUUCAAUGAAUUUUUAUUUUGUUUCUCAUUUUUGCUGAGAAUUUGUAUAUAUUUUAUGAAAAUGCGUGGUUUUUUUAAAAAUUAGUUUUUCCUAAUACUGAUGGUCAGCUUUUGAGUUGUUUGAAAAUGUUUUUAACUCUCACAUCAGUUAUGAAAUUACAGCAUUUUGUUUCAGUUUGGAUUGUUUCCAAUUUUAUGCUGUAAAUAAAUGUACAAACAUUUUAAUCAGGUUUUUUGUUUGUUUUUUGCUCCUGCACAAGUGAAGCAGAACAGGCAGCUCUCGGUUGUUAUGGAAACGCUGAUGACACACUCCUAAGUGACGUCA